GAGUGGUUGUGGCCAAUGGGGCUCCUGUCUGUUGCAGGAAGUUCAAGUUGGUCUCGGGUGACGUCAUCCGCUUGUGUCACCAGCACUCCAUAAAGUCACUUUCUUCCUCUAACCCCGAACUACCUGCUUUUCCCGCAAAGAAAGACAGUAUGGCCGCCCUGUGUCGCUCGGCGGGCUUUGGCGGCGUUGGUGUGCACACAAUCAGUGGUGUGCACACAAGCUGUGGUGUGCACACCAGCUGUGGUGUGCACACGAUCAGUGGUGCUCCUGCCAAGCAACAUUACAAAAUGCUGGUGCUGGGAGGAGGAAGUGGAGGAAUAGCCAUGGGGGCGCGCAUGAAAAGGAUGCUGGGUGCUGAUAACGUGGCGCUUGUGGAGCCCAGUGAGAUGCACUACUAUCAGCCUCUUUGGACUCUAGCAGGUGCUGGUGCUAAAAGCCUUGCUUCAUCCGGAAGGCCCACAGCAAGUGUUAUGCCCCCUGGUGUGAAGUGGGUGAAGUCUAAGGUUGAGGAAAUAAACCCGGACACAAACACUGUCCGCACUGAUGACGGGACCCAAAUCUCCUAUGAGUAUCUGAUUGUGGCACUUGGCUUGCAGCUCCAUUUUGAAAAGAUUAAAGGGCUUCCUGAAGGUUUUGAGCAUCCACAUAUUGGCUCCAACUAUUCUGUUGAAACGGUGGAGAAAACCUGGGCAGCCCUGCAGAACUUUAAAGAGGGCAACGCUGUGUUUUCAUUCCCAAACACUCCAGUUAAAUGUGCCGGAGCUCCACAGAAGAUCAUGUUCCUCUCGGAUGCUUUCCUUAGAAAGACAGGAAAGAGGGCGGGGGCCAAUAUCAUUUACAACACAUCCCUGCCAGUGCUGUUUGGAGUCAAGAAAUAUGCUGAUGCUCUCUGGGACAUCGUCAAGGAACGCGACAUAAAAGUGAACCUGAGGCAGAACCUGAUUGAAGUCAGGGCAGACAAGCAAGAAGCCGUGUUUGAAAAUCUUGACAAAGCGGGCGAGACUACUGUGUUUCAGUACGAGAUGCUCCAUGUCACUCCACCGAUGGGACCCAACUCAGUCGUUAAAGGCAGCCCACUGGCAGACGAGGCUGGCUGGCUGGACGUGGACAAAGAAAACCUUCAACAUAACAAGUACCCUAAUGUGUUUGGGAUUGGAGACUGCACCAACCUGCCCACUUCCAAAACGGCUGCUGCCGUUGCUGCACAGUCUGCUGUUCUACACCGAAGCAUCCAAAAAAUACUGAGAAAUGAGAAACCUGACAAAAAGUAUGAUGGCUACACUUCCUGUCCGCUGGUUACCAGCUACAACACGGUGAUCCUGGCAGAGUUUGACUACCACCUUCAGCCACUGGAGACGUUCCCCAUCAACCAGGCCAAGGAAAGCAGACUCAUGUACUACAUGAAAGCUGAUGUGAUGCCGCACCUCUACUGGCAGGGGCUCCUCAGGGGCUUAUGGGGCGGACCAAAACCCUACAGGAAACUUCUGCAUCUCGGGAUGAAAUAAAUGAAAAGCCAUUUCCCUUCACAGACCGACAACACAUGGAAGAUGUUGCUUUAAUAUUGUUCAAUACAACAUGAUCUCAUAUCUACACAUCACCAAGUGUGUGGCUCCUUAGUAUAUGUGUGUGUGGCUCCUUAGUAUAUGUGUGGCUCCUUAGUAUAUGUGUGUGUGGCUCCUUAGUAUAUGUGUGUGUGGCUCCUUAGUAUAUGUGUGGCUCCUUAGUAUAUGUGUGUGUGGCUCCUUAGUAUAUGUGUGUGUGGCUCCUUAGUAUAUGUGUGUGGCUCGUUAGUAUAUGUGUGUGUGGCUCCUUAGUAUAUGUGUGUGGCUCCUUAGUAUAUGUGUGUGUGGCUCCUUAGUAUAUGUGUGUGUGGCUCCUUAGUAUAUGUGUGUGGCUCCUUAGUAUAUGUGUGGCUCCUUAGUAUAUGUGUGUGUGGCUCCUUAGUAUAUGUGUGUGUGGCUCCUUAGUAUAUGUGUGUUGCUCGUUAGUAUGUGUGUGGCUCCUUAGUAUAUGUGUGUGUGGCUCGUUAGUAUAUGUGUGUUGCUCGUUAGUAUGUGUGUGGCUCCUUAGUAUAUGUGUGUGUGGCUCGUUAGUAUAUGUGUGUGUGGCUCGUUAGUAUAUGUGUGGCUCCUUAGUAUAUGUGUGUGUGGCUCCUUAGUAUAUGUGUGUGGCUCGUUAGUAUGUGUGUGGCUCGUUAGUAUAUGUGUGGCUCGUUAGUAUAUGUGUGGCUCGUUAGUAUAUGUGUGUGGCUCGUUAGUAUAUGUGUGGCUCGUUAGUAUAUGUGUGUGGCUCCUUAGUAUAUGUGUGUGUGGCUCGUUAGUAUGUGUGUGGCUCGUUAGUAUGUGUGUGGCUCGUUAGUAUAUGCGUGUGGCUCCUUAGUAUGUGUGUGGCUCGUUAGUAUAUGUGUGGCUCGUUAGUAUAUGUGUGUGUGGCUCGUUAGUAUAUGUGUGGCUCGUUAGUAUAUGUGUGUGGCUCCUUAGUAUAUGUGUGGCUCGUUAGUAUAUGUGUGGCUCCUUAGUAUAUGUGUGUGGCUCCUUAGUAUAUGUGUGUGUGGCUCCUUAGUAUAUGUGUGUGUGGCUCCUUAGUAUAUGUGUGUGUGGCUCCUUAGUAUAUGUGUGUGGCUCCUUAGUAUAUGUGUGUGGCUCCUUAGUAUAUGUGUGUGGCUCGUUAGUAUAUGUGUGGCUCGUUAGUAUAUGUGUGGCUCGUUAGUAUAUGUGUGUGGCUCCUUAGUAUAUGUGUGUGUGUGGCUCCUUAGUAUAUGUGUGUGGCUCCUUAGUAUAUGUGUGUGGCUCCUUAGUAUAUGUGUGGCUCCUUAGUAUAUGUGUGUGUGGCUCCUUAGUAUAUGUGUGUGUGGCUCGUUAGUAUAUGUGUGUUGCUCGUUAGUAUGUGUGUGGCUCCUUAGUAUAUGUGUGUGUGGCUCCUUAGUAUAUGUGUGUGGCUCCUUAGUAUAUGUGUGGCUCCUUAGUAUAUGUGUGUGUGGCUCCUUAGUAUAUGUGUGUGUGGCUCGUUAGUAUAUGUGUGUUGCUCGUUAGUAUGUGUGUGGCUCCUUAGUAUAUGUGUGUGUGGCUCGUUAGUAUAUGUGUGUGUGGCUCGUUAGUAUAUGUGUGGCUCCUUAGUAUAUGUGUGUGUGGCUCCUUAGUAUAUGUGUGUGGCUCGUUAGUAUGUGUGUGGCUCGUUAGUAUAUGUGUGGCUCGUUAGUAUAUGUGUGGCUCGUUAGUAUAUGUGUGUGGCUCGUUAGUAUAUGUGUGGCUCGUUAGUAUAUGUGUGUGGCUCCUUAGUAUAUGUGUGUGUGGCUCGUUAGUAUGUGUGUGGCUCGUUAGUAUGUGUGUGGCUCGUUAGUAUAUGCGUGUGGCUCCUUAGUAUGUGUGUGGCUCGUUAGUAUAUGUGUGGCUCGUUAGUAUAUGUGUGUGUGGCUCGUUAGUAUAUGUGUGGCUCGUUAGUAUAUGUGUGUGGCUCCUUAGUAUAUGUGUGGCUCGUUAGUAUAUGUGUGGCUCCUUAGUAUAUGUGUGUGGCUCCUUAGUAUAUGUGUGUGUGGCUCCUUAGUAUAUGUGUGUGUGGCUCCUUAGUAUAUGUGUGUGUGGCUCCUUAGUAUAUGUGUGUGGCUCCUUAGUAUAUGUGUGUGGCUCCUUAGUAUAUGUGUGUGGCUCGUUAGUAUAUGUGUGGCUCGUUAGUAUAUGUGUGGCUCGUUAGUAUAUGUGUGUGGCUCCUUAGUAUAUGUGUGUGUGUGGCUCCUUAGUAUAUGUGUGUGGCUCCUUAGUAUAUGUGUGUGUGGCUCGUUAGUAUAUGUGUGUGUGGCUCGUUAGUAUAUGUGUGUGUGGCUCGUUAGUAUAUGUGUGUGUGGCUCCUUAGUAUAUGUGUGUGUGGCUCGUUAGUAUGUGUGUGGCUCGUUAGUAUAUGUGUGGCUCGUUAGUAUAUGUGUGGCUCGUUAGUAUAUGUGUGGCUCGUUAGUAUAUGUGUGGCUCCUUAGUAUAUGUGUGUGGCUCGUGAGUAUAUGUGUGUGUGGCUCCUUAGUAUAUGUGUGUGUGGCUCCUUAGUAUAUGUGUGUGUGGCUCCUUAGUAUAUGUGUGUGUGGCUCCUUAGUAUAUGUGUGUGUGGCUCCUUAGUAUAUGUGUGUGGCUCGUUAGUAUAUGUGUGGCUCGUUAGUAUAUGUGUGGCUCGUUAGUAUAUGUGUGUGGCUCCUUAGUAUAUGUGUGUGUGUGGCUCCUUAGUAUAUGUGUGUGGCUCGUUAGUAUGUGUGUGGCUCGUUAGUAUAUGUGUGUGUGGCUCCUUAGUAUAUGUGUGUGGCUCGUUAGUAUGUGUGUGGCUCGUUAGUAUAUGUGUGUGUGGCUCGUUAGUAUAUGUGUGUGUGGCUCCUUAGUAUAUGUGUGUGGCUCGUUAGUAUGUGUGUGGCUCGUUAGUAUAUGUGUGUGUGGCUCGUUAGUAUAUGUGUGUGUGGCUCGUUAGUAUGUGUGUGGCUCGUUAGUAUAUGUGUGGCUCGUUAGUAUGUGUGUGGCUCCUUAGUAUGUGUGUGGCUCGUUAGUAUAUGUGUGGCUCGUUAGUAUAUGUGUGGCUCGUUAGUAUAUGUGUGGCUCCUUAGUAUAUGUGUGUGUGGCUCCUUAGUAUAUGUGUGUGUGGCUCCUUAGUAUAUGUGUGUGUGGCUCCUUAGUAUAUGUGUGUGGCUCCUUAGUAUAUGUGUGUGGCUCGUUAGUAUAUGUGUGGCUCCUUAGUAUAUGUGUGUGGCUCGUUAGUAUAUGUGUGGCUCGUUAGUAUAUGUGUGUGUGGCUCCUUAGUAUAUGUGUGUGGCUCCUUAGUAUAUGUGUGUGUGGCUCGUUAGUAUAUGUGUGUGUGGCUCCUUAGUAUAUGUGUGUGUGGCUCCUUAGUAUAUGUGUGUGGCUCCUUAAUAUAUGUGUGUGGCUCCUUAGUAUAUGUGUGUGUGGCUCGUUAGUAUAUUUGUGUGUGGCUCCUUAGUAUAUGUGUGUGUGGCUCCUUAGUAUAUGUGUGUGGCUCCUUAGUAUAUGUGUGUGGCUCCUUAGUAUAUGUGUGUGGCUCCUUAGUAUAUGUGUGUGUGGCUCGUUAGUAUAUGUGUGUGUGGCUCCUUAGUAUAUGUGUGUGGCUCGUUAGUAUGUGUGUGGCUCGUUAGUAUAUGUGUGUGUGGCUCGUUAGUAUAUGUGUGUGUGGCUCCUUAGUAUAUGUGUGUGUGGCUCCUUAGUAUAUGUGUGUGGCUCCUUAGUAUAUGUGUGUGUGGCUCGUUAGUAUAUGUGUGGCUCCUUAGUAUAUGUGUGUGUGGCUCCUUAGUAUAUGUGUGUGUGGCUCCUUAGUAUAUGUGUGUGUGGCUCGUUAGUAUAUGUGUGGCUCGUUAGUAUAUGUGUGUGUGGCUCCUUAGUAUAUGUGUGUGGCUCCUUAGUAUAUGUGUGUGGCUCCUUAGUAUAUGUGUGUGUGGCUCCUUAGUAUAUGUGUGGCUCGUUAGUAUAUGUGUGUGGCUCCUCAGUAUAUGUGUGUGUGGCUCGUUAGUAUAUGUGUGUGGCUCCUUAGUAUAUGUGUGUGUGGCUCCUUAGUAUAUGUGUGUGGCUCCUUAGUAUAUGUGUGUGGCUCCUUAGUAUAUGUGUGUGGCUCCUUAGUAUAUGUGUGUGUGGCUCCUUAGUAUAUGUGUGUGUGGCUCGUUAGUAUAUGUGUGGCUCGUUAGUAUAUGUGUGUGUGGCUCCUUAGUAUAUGUGUGUGUGGCUCCUUAGUAUAUGUGUGUGUGGCUCCUUAUUAUAUGUGUGUGUGGCUCCUUAGUAUAUGUGUGUGGCUCCUUAGUAUAUGUGUGUGGCUCCUUAGUAUAUGUGUGUGUGGCUCCUUAGUAUAUGUGUGUGUGGCUCCUUAUUAUAUGUGUGUGUGGCUCCUUAGUAUAUGUGUGUGUGGCUCCUUAAUAUAUGUGUGUGUGGCUCCUUAGUAUAUGUGUGUGUGGCUCCUUAGUAUAUGUGUGUGUGGCUCCUUAGUAUAUGUGUGUGUGGCUCCUUAAUAUAUGUGUGUGUGGCUCCUUAGUAUAUAUGUGUGUGGCUCCUUAGUAUAUGUGUGUGUGGCUCCUUAGUAUAUGUGUGUGUGGCUCCUUAGUAUAUGUGUGUGUGGCUCCUUAGUAUAUGUGUGUGUGGCUCCUUAGUAUAUGUGUGUGGCUCGUUAGUAUAUGUGUGGCUCGUUAGUAUAUGUGUGGCUCGUUAGUAUAUGUGUGUGGCUCGUUAGUAUAUGUGUGUGGCUCCUUAGUAUAUGUGUGUGUGUGGCUCCUUAGUAUAUGUGUGUGGCUCGUUAGUAUGUGUGUGGCUCGUUAGUAUAUGUGUGUGUGGCUCCUUAGUAUAUGUGUGUGGCUCGUUAGUAUGUGUGUGGCUCGUUAGUAUAUGUGUGUGUGGCUCGUUAGUAUAUGUGUGUGUGGCUCCUUAGUAUAUGUGUGUGGCUCGUUAGUAUGUGUGUGGCUCGUUAGUAUAUGUGUGUGUGGCUCGUUAGUAUAUGUGUGUGUGGCUCGUUAGUAUGUGUGUGGCUCGUUAGUAUAUGUGUGGCUCGUUAGUAUGUGUGUGGCUCCUUAGUAUGUGUGUGGCUCGUUAGUAUAUGUGUGGCUCGUUAGUAUAUGUGUGGCUCGUUAGUAUAUGUGUGGCUCCUUAGUAUAUGUGUGUGUGGCUCCUUAGUAUAUGUGUGUGUGGCUCCUUAGUAUAUGUGUGUGUGGCUCCUUAGUAUAUGUGUGUGGCUCCUUAGUAUAUGUGUGUGGCUCGUUAGUAUAUGUGUGGCUCCUUAGUAUAUGUGUGUGGCUCGUUAGUAUAUGUGUGGCUCGUUAGUAUAUGUGUGUGUGGCUCCUUAGUAUAUGUGUGUGGCUCCUUAGUAUAUGUGUGUGUGGCUCGUUAGUAUAUGUGUGUGUGGCUCCUUAGUAUAUGUGUGUGUGGCUCCUUAGUAUAUGUGUGUGGCUCCUUAAUAUAUGUGUGUGGCUCCUUAGUAUAUGUGUGUGUGGCUCGUUAGUAUAUUUGUGUGUGGCUCCUUAGUAUAUGUGUGUGUGGCUCCUUAGUAUAUGUGUGUGGCUCCUUAGUAUAUGUGUGUGGCUCCUUAGUAUAUGUGUGUGGCUCCUUAGUAUAUGUGUGUGUGGCUCGUUAGUAUAUGUGUGUGUGGCUCCUUAGUAUAUGUGUGUGGCUCGUUAGUAUGUGUGUGGCUCGUUAGUAUAUGUGUGUGUGGCUCGUUAGUAUAUGUGUGUGUGGCUCCUUAGUAUAUGUGUGUGUGGCUCCUUAGUAUAUGUGUGUGGCUCCUUAGUAUAUGUGUGUGUGGCUCGUUAGUAUAUGUGUGGCUCCUUAGUAUAUGUGUGUGUGGCUCCUUAGUAUAUGUGUGUGUGGCUCCUUAGUAUAUGUGUGUGUGGCUCGUUAGUAUAUGUGUGGCUCGUUAGUAUAUGUGUGUGUGGCUCCUUAGUAUAUGUGUGUGUGGCUCGUUAGUAUAUGUGUGGCUCGUUAGUAUAUGUGUGUGUGGCUCCUUAGUAUAUGUGUGUGUGGCUCCUUAGUAUAUGUGUGGCUCGUUAGUAUAUGUGUGUGGCUCCUCAGUAUAUGUGUGUGUGGCUCGUUAGUAUAUGUGUGUGGCUCCUUAGUAUAUGUGUGUGUGGCUCCUUAGUAUAUGUGUGUGGCUCCUUAGUAUAUGUGUGUGGCUCCUUAGUAUAUGUGUGUGGCUCCUUAGUAUAUGUGUGUGUGGCUCCUUAGUAUAUGUGUGUGUGGCUCGUUAGUAUAUGUGUGGCUCGUUAGUAUAUGUGUGUGUGGCUCCUUAGUAUAUGUGUGUGUGGCUCCUUAGUAUAUGUGUGUGUGGCUCCUUAUUAUAUGUGUGUGUGGCUCCUUAGUAUAUGUGUGUGGCUCCUUAGUAUAUGUGUGUGGCUCCUUAGUAUAUGUGUGUGUGGCUCCUUAGUAUAUGUGUGUGUGGCUCCUUAUUAUAUGUGUGUGUGGCUCCUUAGUAUAUGUGUGUGUGGCUCCUUAAUAUAUGUGUGUGUGGCUCCUUAGUAUAUGUGUGUGUGGCUCCUUAGUAUAUGUGUGUGUGGCUCCUUAGUAUAUGUGUGUGUGGCUCCUUAAUAUAUGUGUGUGUGGCUCCUUAGUAUAUAUGUGUGUGGCUCCUUAGUAUAUGUGUGUGUGGCUCCUUAGUAUAUGUGUGUGUGGCUCCUUAGUAUAUGUGUGUGUGGCUCCUUAGUAUAUGUGUGUGGCUCCUUAGUAUAUGUGUGUGUGGCUCCUUAGUAUAUGUGUGUGUGGCUCCUUAGUAUAUGUGUGUGUGGCUCCUUAGUAUAUGUGUGUGUGGCUCCUUAGUAUAUGUGUGUGUGGCUCCUUAUUAUAUGUGUGUGUGGCUCCUUAGUAUAUGUGUGUGUGGCUCCUUAGUAUAUGUGUGUGUGGCUCCUUAGUAUAUGUGUGUGUGGCUCCUUAGUAUAUGUGUGUGUGGCUCCUUAGUAUAUGUGUGUGUGGCUCCUUAGUAUAUGUGUGUGUGGCUCCUUAGUAUAUGCGUGUGGCUCCUUAGUAUAUGUGUGUGUGGCUCCUUAUUAUAUGUGUGUGUCUUGUUAGUAUAUGUGUGUGGCUCGUUAGUAUAUGUGUGUGUGGCUCCUUAGUAUAUGUGUGUGUGGCUCGUUAGUAUAUGUGUGGCUCGUUAGUAUAUGUGUGUGGCUCCUUAGUAUAUGUGUGGCUCGUUAGUAUAUGUGUGGCUCGUUAGUAUAUGUGUGUGUGGCUCCUUAGUAUAUGUGUGUGUGGCUCCUUAGUAUAUGUGUGUGGCUCCUUAGUAUAUGUGUGUGUGGCUCCUUAGUAUAUGUGUGUGGCUCGUUAGUAUAUGUGUGUGGCUCGUUAGUAUGUGUGUGUGGCUCCUUAGUAUAUGUGUGUGGCUCGUUAGUAUAUGUGUGUGGCUCCUUAGUAUAUGUGUGGCUCGUUAGUAUAUGUGUGGCUCCUUAGUAUAUGUGUGGCUCGUUAGUAUAUGUGUGUGGCUCCUUAGUAUAUGUGUGUGGCUCGUUAGUAUAUGUGUGUGUGGCUCCUUAGUAUAUGUGUGUGGCUCGUUAGUAUAUGUGUGUGGCUCCUUAGUAUAUGUGUGGCUCGUUAGUAUAUGUGUGUGUGGCUCCUUAGUAUGUGUGUGUGGCUCGUUAGUAUGUGUGUGUGGCUCGUUAGUAUGUGUGUGGCUCUCAAAUUGAGGUGAGCUCCAAAUGUUUCCUAGCACAUUAUUGAUGAUUGAUUUGUCAACUUUGGUACUUCUUGUGUCUCUUCUAUCAAGUUGGGGUUAGUUCACCUCCAUGUGCACAAUAAUAGGUUCUGCCUCCAAUUAUACGUUGCUCAUGUAAAGAUUAAUUGCAACUAUUUUGAUUAAUCACAAUAAAAUCAUUUGUUUUUCAUUUA